UCUCUUUAUGUAUUGAGAACAGAGACCAUAAUGAAAAUAACAAAAAUCUAUCAGAAAUUACAAUGAAACAUGUUUAUGACAGAAAUAAGCAUAUUCACUUUUGAUGGCCUGCUUAAAUCACUGGGCUACCUGAAUUUCCUAUGCAUUAAAAUGCAUGGCUUCUACUCCGUUUCACAUUGUUUUAAUCUUCUCAUUACCAUAGUGAAUCGCGGUCUAUACUCGCUUACAAUUCGGAGUAGGUUUCUACCUACCGCUGUGAGAUUUUUGAAGGAAUUGGAGGAAGAACAUUAUGGAGUAGUAGCUUUGGAGAAGAAUAUUUCUUCAGAUAAUGAAUUUUCGAUUAUCAUAUUGUUUUAUGAUUCUAUGCAGUCGGUAUAUACCUUGCUAUGAAACUCACUGAAAAUUCAGUAUUGUGUAUGAACGCACCUUUCGGUUCGGUGCUAUUAUUAUUAUUAAUAUGUCGAUGUUUUUGUGUAGUGUAAACCUUAUCGAGUUAGCGGCUUUUUACCCUUUUUGUGCUAUAUUUAGCUUUUAUUUGGAGGGGGGGGCACAUAGUACACUAAAAAAGUGACUAUAAAGUUAUCUGCUUAUAUAAAAGGUUUAUGUAAUUCAUGCUGUUUAUUUCUUAUUCUUGAUAAAUAAUGAAAAUUUGAUUUCUGAAUGCCUUUUGCUUUAAAUGCAAG